GAUGAAAGAAGAAGAAAUCUUGGCUAGCGCAAAGCGUUGGAUAUGCUCUACAUUUUUAUCUGCGUUGGAUAACUCGAGUAUUCGCAAACAACAAUGGCCGUGGAGGAAAUGCCGACCGCAUGGAGCUCAACAGCUACUGAAGAGUCCUAUGUGAUCGAGGAGCCUGGCUUCGACCAAAACGUGCCUGUACAAUUUUCGGAAAACAGAACCGAAGAGUGGAACGGCUCGAAUUAUCGACAAUGGAACGUACUGACGUGGAUCUGCGUGGACGGCGUGAUCGCGGUAAUAGCCACUACCAUGAUCAUGGCUAUGCUUCUCGCCUUCACUUGGAUACAAUGGGAGGUAGAAUCCACGAGCACGGAAAACCUGGACUCAGAAAACGCAGAGAACGCUCUCGUACCUCCGGAAGCACCCGUCCAAAUAACUUUCCCGCCGGUAGUCGCAACCAAACAGCAUCCUACAACGCCAUUAGUCCCAACCGAAGGGCCACCUACAACGCCAUUAGUCCCAACCGAAGGGCCACCUACAACGCCUGUAGUCACAACCAAAGAGCCAGUUACAACGCCAGUGAUCGUUGCCAAGCGGACUUUGCCUACAGUGGAAACUACACCUGCCGUGGCGGUAGUUGCACCGUCCAGCGCCAGCAAGAGUACCGACUGCGGCACAACCGACUGUCACUUCGUGGCACAGUGGCUGCGGACGAAACUGGAUUUCAACGAGGACCCAUGCAAAGACUUCAGCCGUUUUGUAUGCGGCACAUACAAGGGACCGGGGAGCAAUCCGUUCAAUCAGGUCAAGAUGACCAUGAAAAACAUGACAAUAUCAGCCGCCUACGCCACCAAAGUCCCCGCCAAAAAUCAGUCUUCAUGGCAGAAAGCAGCUGGCAUGUUCCAGGCCUGCCUUUCUUUGGGUCAGUCCAAUCGGUCUGAAACCCAGGACCUUGUUGCUUGGAUGGGGUCCUUGAACCUGGAUCUCAACGACUUGGCAAGGCUGGGGACUGUAGACCCAACUGAUAUGAUUGUACGUUGUGCUCUGGACUUCGGAGUGCAAGUAGUCUUUUCAAUCGAGAUCCACAGUAGCAUUUUCCCGAAUGCAAAACGAUUACUUCAGCUAGAUUACAGCAGGGAAGAGGCUCAAUGGCAGCAAAGUCGCCGGAGGAUUCCUGCUAAGGAUAAUUUGGCGGAUCAUGCUUACCUGCUCGGCUUUUAUGGUAUCGAAAUCUCUCGGGCGCUUUCGCUUGCUUCUGAAAUCAUCAAAUACGAGAAGCAACUUGUCGAUAUUGUCUUCAAGACAAUGACGCUAGCAGUUUCUAGCCCUGUUGUGUUGAUCAGUGACAUGGGUAAAAAGACAACACCCUAUGUCACCGGAGAAAAUGGGCUGCCAUCUUUUCCAAAUACACAAGAUCACCUAUAAGCCAUACGUACUCGACGUUCUCGUCAAGCUGUUCAAGUCUAUGGGCCAGCAAGGACUGCGCCAUUUGAUCGCAUGGAGCGUCUUCAGGCAGAUGGUGCACUACACAGAGCCGACGAUUCUGGUGCGGAACCAAACCGCCAGUGCCAUCUGCUACAAGCACGUCCAGCAGGUCAUGAACCUGGCACUCCUAAACCAGUACUUAAGCUCAGUGGUAAGCCAGAAGACGGUUGACAGGGCUGCGGCUGUGGUCGAAGACGUUCGCAAAGCCUUCCGGAAGGCCCUGGAAUCGUCGAGCUGGGUAAAAAGCCAAGUGCGAGAAGUCGCUAUCCGGAAGCUAAACAAUCUGAAGGCCCAUGUCGGAAGUCCGGCCGGCCGGUUGGAUACCACCCUCUUACAGACAUAUUAUGAGGGCGUUCCAGAUGUGUCCAAUGGCGCAUUCUUUACCGCAUGGAGGAAGGCACUGUCUGUUUCACGUCAUCACAUGUGGGCCGAUCAAAUGACCUGGUUCUAUGACGAGACUGACGUGACUGCGUAUUAUCUUUCAAGUAUAACAAGAUAGUCGUCACGACAGGUCUCCUUCACCCCCCUUUCUUUUUCACCGAAGGCCCGCCUGCGUUCAACUACGGUGCAUUUGCGACGAAAAGAAUUACUGCCCGACAAGCGACGGUGAACGACACUUUGGACUCGGAGAAUAUAUGCGACUUGGUCGGCACAAGGAUUGGGUACACAGCCUAAACUUCACUGCCGGGUCUCCAGCGCUACAUCACGCUCCCAGACCUCAACGUGACGGCCGAGCGCUUGUUCUUCAUAAGUAACUGCAUCAAGUGGUGUGAAUACAACCACCCCCCAUCUCUCCGUUAUGCUCCAGGACGCUCCCGCUGCAUAGUACCCUUGAUGAACAUGGUGGAGUUCUCGGACGCGUUCGCCUGCGGGCGUGGGACACCUAUGAACCCGCCCAACAAGUGCGACUUUUGGCAGUAGCCGCCUGACAAGUUGCCGUAUGGCUGUAUUUUGAUUGGAUUGUUCCACUUUACUACAUAUAGUUACAUUUAAAGUUAUUCGCAAUAAUAGUUGCUCAAGUAUUAUAAAGGCACAAUUUUCUUAUGAA